GAAGUCAAGGACAAGAGUGGAGGUCGGUAUGAAUGCUCAACCUGGAAUGAUCAGAGCUCAGUUAGCAAAUUGCAGUUACAGCACGAUGGUUCGGUAUGACAAUAAAGAUACAUAUCAGCAGUCAGAGGGUGAUACUGGAGGUGUAUGCAAGCAUCAAAUUGGGGAGAAUGUCUCAAGGAAGGACAAAAUAAACUUUCUUGUUAAUACACUUUUUGACCUCAAGGAAUCUAAAGAAGCUGUUUAUGGUGCACUUGAUGCCUGGGUUGCAUGGGAGCAGAAUUUUCCUAUAGCAUCCUUGAAGCAGGCAUUAUUUGCUCUUGAGAAGGAGCAACAGUGGCAUAGAGUUAUUCAGGUUAUAAAAUGGAUGUUAAGCAAGGGGCAAGGGACCACAAUGGGAAUAUAUGAGCAACUAAUACGUGCGCUAGAUAUGGACCACAGGGCAGAAGAAGCACAUAAGUUUUGGGUAAAGAAAAUUGGUAAUGACCUGCAUUCAGUGCCUUGGAAAUUGUGCACACUUAUGAUUUCUAUAUAUUAUCGAAACAAUAUGCUGGAGAGGCUUGUAAAGCUCUUCAAGGGCCUUGAAGCAUUUGACCGGAAACCUCCAGACAAAUCAGUUGUGCAGAAAGUGGCAGAUGCAUAUGAGUUGCUGGGUUUACCAGAUGAAAAAAAGAGAAUAUUGGAGAAAUACGACCAUCUGUUCACUGAUUCAUGGAGGGGCCAACCCAAGAAAUUUAGAAAGAAUUCUCAGAAGAAUACAGAGAAACAAGAGAAGAUCAAACAGACUGGGACUGCGGACAACUUGGCAAGUGCUAGUGUUGACAUGGAGAAAGUUGGGAGAACAGGAUCGGGUUAGGACAACAGGAA